UUUGAGAGACCGUGAACUGGCCCCGUUUAAAAGGUUUGGGGACCCCUGCUCUACUGUAUCUGUAGUGGAGUCUCCAUUAAACUAUAGAGCUCAGUUUAGGUGGUUCAGCUUAAUAAACGUUUUCCUUGUUUUGAUGACAGAAUGGAUUCGGAAAUGAUAUUUAUAACCCUGGAACAGAAUCGUGUUGCAUAGUGCAAACUGGAUUAUAUGGCAGUGUAGAUCCAGCCUAAACUAUAGCGCUCACAGCACCUAAUAUUCACGGGUGACUUCCCAUCCAUGCACUAACCAGGGCCAGCGCUUUUGAGGUCCCAAGAGCAGAUGGGCUCUGCUGUCUGUGGGCAGUGAUUGCCAUUCUCUCGCCCUGGACUUCAUUUCCCAGAAGCCUCGGCUGCUGUAGCCAAUGGCCAGGGCUCCUGGGAGCUGAAGUCCAGAGCCGCGGGCGCUUCUGUCUGCUUCCUUCCCUCCGGGCUUGCUCCAGCCCAGUGUGAGGUCACACAAGGCGGCUCCUCCCUCCCAGCCGCGCGUCAACCCUCGGAGGAUUGUCCCGGGCUCUUGGAAGCGUUGGCUGGAUCGUGAGGGCCAUGGUGGUCCCGUGGCUCUUCCUCGCCCCCGUCCUCCUCGCUUGGAGCGCAGGUGCCCAGUUUCGCUUUGCAAACUAUUAUGGCGAUCACAUGGUGCUGCAGAAGGAACCCAGCUGUGCAAUCCUCUGGGGCUAUGGAACCCCCGGGGCCAAUGUUACCGUGACUGUUUCCCUGGAGCAGAACUUUACUAUGAAAGAAAUUGCAGAAGUGCGCGCAGACUCUAAGUGGAAAGUUAUCCUGAGACCCAUAGCCCCCGGUGGCCCUUACAGGAUAGAGGCCAGGCAGUGCUACGAACAAGAGGUAUCAAAUGUGACCCUGAACGAUGUCUAUUUCGGAGACGUCUGGCUUUGCAGUGGACAAAGUAACAUGGAGAUGACCGUUUCCCAGAUAUUCAAUGCCAGUCAGGAGCUUGCAGAGGCCAAACAAUAUCCCCUUGUGCGAGUUUUUGCAGCUGGUCUUGUCGAAUCUGAUGCAGAACUAGAGGAACUGGGAGCUAUCGACUUGCCAUGGUCUGUCCCAACAGCUGAAAACCUUGGCCAUGGAGACUUCCGCUACUUCUCUGCCGUGUGCUGGCUUUUUGGCCGACAUUUGUUUGAUGCGCUGCAGCAUCCUAUAGGACUAAUAGACUCCACUUGGGGAGGGACUCCAAUUGAAGCCUGGUCUUCUAAUAGAGUACUGCAUGAAUGUGGACUCUCAAAAGACACCCAAAGAAAUCUUUCCUUGGUUCCUAAUGGCGGCCCCAAAAGUCCAUCUGUGCUCUGGAAUGCCAUGAUCCAUCCUUUUGCCGACAUGACCCUCCGAGGGGCUAUUUGGUAUCAAGGUGAAGAAAACACACACAUGAACACAGAUCUGUACAACUGUACAUUCCCUACCCUCAUUGAAGACUGGCGGAGGACCUUCCACGAAGGCUCCAUGAGACAAACUCAACUGUAUUUUCCCUUUGGUUUUGUCCAGUUAUGCACAAAUCACCACAUAGCACCCGAUGACAACUUCGCACGUAUCCGGUGGCAUCAAACUGCAGACUUUGGCUAUGCUCCUAAUAAGAAAAUGCCCAAUACCUUUAUGGCUGUGACCAUAGAUCUUGGUGAUAAUAGUUCUCCCUAUGGCAGCAUCCACCCCAGAGAUAAGCAGUCUGUGGCCUAUAGAUUAUACCUUGGGGCACUGGCAGUUGCUUAUGGUAAGAAAAGCCUGGUCUUCCAAGGGCCUUACCCUCAGACGGUGGAGGUGAACGCACAGCUUGGACUCAUCAAAGUCACCUACAAUGAGCCCAUUGAGCUUCGGCAAUUGAAUGAUAACAUAUUUGAGGUGUGUUGCUCAGAUCAACCUGUGUGCAAGUGGAGCCCAGUGUCGAUGAAGGUAUCCAUGUACUACUCAGUGUUUCUACUCAAUACAGUUUGCCCCAAAACUGUGGGUGGCCUGCGCUAUGCAUGGAUGGAGUGGCCCUGCGAAUACAUGCUGUGUCCCUUGUACAACGUACAGAACUUGCCAGCCCCUCCAUUUAUUACGUUUGCCAAAGAUAACCCUGCCUGGAUUAUAUGGUAAACAGGGCAAUCCCAGGAGGUCUCUUGGAUCAGAGUGCCAAGGAAGGCAGAACAGAGACAGAGAUUAUUUUUUAACGAAUGUAGCAAACUUCUCAGGUCAGUAACUGCAGAGCCAAAAAUCUUCAGAUUGCGAAGAAUGGCUGUUUGCGCAUCAGAAAAGGGAAAAAUCGAAUCAGUUGAUUUUGCAAGCAGUUUCUUGCACUUUGCACCCCCCCUGAACUUUCGCCCUUAACUUUUGUGAUAACGUAACAUUUUUUAGCAACUUCACUGGGAAUCAACCAAGCCACUUAGCAAACUAUAACUACUACCUCUACUUGGUUACUUCCUUGUUUCAAUGUCAAUCAUGUUGGUGUUGGUAUAUAAAGCAGGAAAAUAUUUCAAAUGUAAGUUUUAUUAGGUAACCCAUUGGUCUUGGCCUGGCGUCAGAGAUCCUUCCGGCAACCUAUCAUAGUGCAAUAAACGUGUCUUUUGGUAGUGGCACAAAAACUGGUGAAAUCCCACCAAAGAAAGAUCUGUUGGUAGAGAUCUCCAAUUGUAAAUAGUGCUAAUCAGCAUUUAGUAUGUGAUCUGUUAUAAGGGUUUUGUAGCCUGCUGUUCUUCAUAUCAUGUUUUAGUAUCUUUCACUGUUUACAAUUUACAUGGUUCCAUGUUUGCAUUCUUCCUGAAAGCCAUUUUCCUUGUUUAUUGGCACGAAUGAGAAAUAAAUGUUGAUUUUAAAACAAAGGAAUAAAAUGAGCUGUCGGUACCUGGAAA